CACUUUUUUCCUCUAAAUAUUCGCACUCACUGUUACCGCAGGUCACUGCCGCUGCUGUUGAUAACAGCCGGAAAAAAAGUUCCCAAUAACUGUCGCCGAACUGUUUUGGUUAACAGUGUAUUACCUAUUCAGUAAGGAAAGUAGACGCAACGCGGCUGUAGCGAAAACCACAGCAACCGCUUAGCUGGGCAUAGCUGGAAGUAAGCGAUGGCAGCCUAUGCGCAAUUUGGUUACAAUUAUCCGUCGGCAAAUCAGCUACUCAACGGCGUUGCUCAGUCCUCCUCCGUUGCAGCAGCUGCCGCAGCCGCCGCCGCCGCCGCCGCCAUCUCCAGCGGCAUGACAGCAGCCAACGGCAUUGGCAAUGCGCCCUCACCGCUCUCUGGCGGCAACGAUGCAUCGCUCAGCCCAUCGGGCGGCUCGACGGCGACUACAACUGGCGCAGCCACUGCCACCGGGCCGCUCAGUCCAGGUGCAAUUUCGCAAACAUCUAACAAUGCAAAUAGUAGCAGCAACAACAAUCACAACAACAAUCCUAGCUCCGGCUCAGGCGGUUUGAGUAUACUACAUAGCAGCACCGCUAAUGCAAUCGGCUUGAGUCUCAGCUUAAAUGCAGAUGUCAGUGGCGUAGGCGGCAGCGGUAGCGAGGCUGAUGUUGGCCUAGGUAUUGAUGCUGCCGCCAGCGCUGUCAAUGACGGCACUGCGCCCUGCUGUGAGAACGGCCGCCCCAUCAUGACAGAUCCCGUAUCCGGACAGACGGUGUGCUCGUGCCAAUACGAUUCGGCGCGCUUGGCGCUCUCCAGCUAUACACGCAUGCCAGGCGCAGGCGCGACGGCGGGAGUUAGUGUUUAUGGCACGCCCUAUCCAUCAAGCGACCAAAAUCCCUAUCCCAGCAUCGGCGUGGAUAGUUCGGCGUUCUAUUCUCCAUUGAGCAAUCCCUAUGCAUUAAAAGAGGGCAACACUGGAUCUGAUAUGUCCGCUUGGACUUCGGCAAGCCUGCAGCCCACCACUGGUUACUAUUCGUAUGAUCCGAUAGCCGCCUAUGGUUACGGCUCCAGCUACGACUUGGCAGCACGCCGCAAGAAUGCCACACGCGAGUCCACGGCCACCCUCAAAGCCUGGCUGAGCGAGCACAAGAAGAAUCCCUACCCCACCAAAGGUGAGAAGAUUAUGCUGGCCAUCAUUACGAAAAUGACGCUGACGCAGGUCUCUACGUGGUUCGCGAACGCACGCCGACGGCUGAAGAAGGAAAAUAAAAUGACCUGGGAACCAAAGAAUAAAACAGACGAUGAUGAUGAUGCAAUGUUGUCGGACGAUGAGAAGGAGAAGGAUGCCGACGAGGUUGAGAAACUGAAUGGCAGUGGUGGAGUUGGUGACGGUAUUGGUGUUGGUGGAGUCUACGGUGGCGGUGGUGGUGGUGGAAGUGCAACGAUGGGCGUUGAAAUGCGAAAAGAUGAUCCUAUUGUCAAAUCUGAAAUGCUGGCCAAAGAAGACAAAGCAGAUGGCUGCUCCUUAGAUGAACCAAAGUACGGCGAUAUACCCUCGAUACGCAGCAUGGGCGGCGGCGUGUACAGCUCGCCCUACGGCCAGCAUCCCAGCUACCAUCCCUACCAGCAGCAACACACCUCAGCCUACUACCAGCAACACCAGCAGCAGCAGCAGCAGCAACAGCAACAGCACGUGGCUAGCAUGGCGUACGGCCCACCCAGCCACAUGAGCGCAGCCGAUGAGUACAAUGCAUCAAAAAACCUGCUGCGUGCGGCGGACUGUGGUAUACCGCUCCCGGCGAGCAAACCCAAGAUCUGGAGUUUGGCAGACACAGUCGGCUGCAAGACACCACCGCCGCUACUGCCAGCACCACCACCCACACUGCCGCCGCCGGCGUCGUCAAUGCAAAUGAGCACAUAUCAGCAGCAACAACAACAACAACAACAGCAGCAACAGCAAGCGCUGCUGCAAAGUCGGCAACAGUAUUACCAGCAGAUGCCGCCGCAUUUGCAACAAAUCAGUCAACUCAAUCCACACAAUAUACUCAACAGCCACAGCCACAGCAACAGCAGCAACAUGCAGCCAGCGCACAACAGCAGCAGCAGCAGCAACAACAAUUCGACAUCGCUGAAUAUGAUGAGCGGCUACGUCGGCGCAUUGCCCUAUUCGCGCAUACCUACGGCGUACGCGGCAGCGGCAGCGGCAUCGGCAUCGGCUGGCAGCAACAGUCUCAGUUCCAGCAGCAGCCACAACAACAGCAACGGCAGUUUCCUCAAUCUCAGUAUCAGCAGCACUGGCAGCAACAACAGCAACCACAACGGCAGUACUGGCAGUGGCAGCAGUAAUGGCAGCGCCUCCACGCCACCCUCGAUGACGCAGGGUCCGCCACUUUUGACAGCGCACCAGUAUCAUCAGCUGCAACAGCAACAACAGCAGCAACAACGUUUGGGCUUCGCAGAGAUACAGCCGGAUACACCGCCGCAGACGCCGCCCAACAUGAAAUUGGCGAACAGCAAUGGCGGCAUUGUGCUGAACCAGCUUGCGCGCGGCGCAUUGAUGGGGACGCCAACGAGCAGCGCGCCGGGCAUGUGCUACAGCAGUGGCGUCGGCAGUAGCAAUGCUCACGGUGGAAACCAUGCGGCAUACGGUGGCAAUGGAGUAGGUAUUGGUGUUAACUAUGCAUUGGCGGCAGCGCGCGCUGAGGGUUGA